CCCGCCCCCGCAUUUCUGAUCUGAGCGGGCUAUGGCCAGCAGCUCUUGGGGACACAUGGCCGAGGUGGACACUGGGACCGACCAGAGGCAGAAUGAGGAAAUUGAAGCAAUGGCAGCUAUAUAUGGCGAGGAAUGGUGUGUCAUUGAUGAUUGCGCCAAAAUAUUUUGUAUUAGAAUUAGCGACGAUAUAGAUAACCCUAAAUGGACACUUUGCUUGCAGGUGAUGCUACCCAAUGAAUAUCCAGGUACAGCUCCACCUGUUUAUCAACUGAAUGCUCCUUGGCUUAAAGGGCAAGAACGCACAGAUUUAUCUAAUAGCCUUGAGGAAAUAUAUAUGCAGAAUAUUGGUGAAAGUAUUCUUUACCUGUGGGUGGAGAAAAUAAGAGAUGUUCUGAUACAAAAAUCUCAGAUGACAGAACCAGGCCCAGACGUAAAGAAGAAAACUGAAGAGGAAGAUGCUGAAUGUGAAGAUGAUAUCCUUUCACCAUGUCCACCUGUUAAAGCAUUGAAUUUGGGUAGUAGUGAAAAUCGAGCAGGUGCAGCAACCAGGAUGGUUGAAAGAGAAGAAUUACCUCCGAUUGAUCAUGGUGUUCCUAUCACAGACCGACGAAGCACUUUUCAGGCACAUUUGGCUCCAGUGGUUUGUCCCAAACAGGUGAAAACGGUUCUUGCCAAAUUGUAUGAGAAUAAGAAGAUAGCCAGUGCCACCCACAACAUCUACGCGUACCGAAUAUAUUGUGAGGAUAAACAGACCUUCUUACAGGACUACGAAGACGACGGGGAAACAGCGGCUGGUGGACGUCUUCUCCAUCUCAUGGAGAUUCUGAAUGUGAGAAAUGUCCUUGUGGUAGUUUCACGCUGGUAUGGAGGGGUUCUGCUCGGACCAGAUCGCUUCAAACAUAUCAACAACUGUGCCAGAAACAUACUGGUGGAGAAGAAAUACACAAAUCCACCGGAGGAAUCAUCUAAGGCUUUUGGAAAGAACAAAAAAGUAAGAAAGGACAAGAAGAGGAGUGAGCAUUAAUAUAUGAAAGUAUAUGAAAGGUUAAUUUGCCUAUGAUUACAUACAAAUUCCACACUCAUCAAAGAACGUACUGUGCAGAGGGCAUCCUGGACUGCUCCAGUUAGCCACUUCAUCACGGACACCACCGUUAUAUUCUCUUCUUUGGUCAUAUCAUCUGCCAAAAUAGAGAACUCGUGAUGUAUUCAUGUGUGUUUCAGGCUGACUCGGAAGACUUCAUUUGAACUAAUCACCACUUUACCUAAUUUUAGGAAGGUAACAGUUGCCCAGGGCAGUACCUGAAUUAACUGUCCAUUUCAGUACGUGUCAAGUGCCUUUGUUAGGGGGGAAGAAAUGUCUCUGGAGGAAUAUAAAUAUCUGAUUUCUUGUCAUCAGGGUUCUCAUUUUGUUAAAUGAAUAUGGCCUUUUACUGCUCUUUAUGGCUUAUUGGAAUAGGAGCUCACUGAAGAUUGAUCUUGGAGAGUUUCUUCUUGUGAUUUUAGUUCAGAAGUGUGUCACCUUUCAUGUUAUAGUGUUCCAUCACUGAGCAGUGCAUCGAGUGAAGUUUCAGGAGUUUCCAUCUGCAGCUAUGUGCUGAAGUCAUUCAUCCAGCGUAUUUGCUAGCAUAAGUGGUGUACCUCAGUUUUUGUCGCAGAUUAGUGAUUGUGAAAUUUUGAAAAGUGGUUUUUCUAGCCUCUAGUUUUUUUGUUUAGUUCUUGUAAUGUAAAGCAGUAAAUGUGGAGUGUCAGUAGUCUCCUCCCUCCCCUAAAAUGUGUUGGUGUAAUAUCCUGGCUUCCUUUAUCAGCCUGGAAGUACCUUUCCUGUGCUCUUCACUGAGGAAUUAGAACUGUGCAGAAGCUAGGCUGUGGUCAAUGAAACAUACAUGGGAUGGAGGUGGCGGAACAGCACUGGUGUGGGCCGGGGUGUGCUGUGCUGUUAUGGAAAUGUGAUGCACAUUUCCAUCUGCAUUCCAGCCAUCUUUCUCAAUGCCAUGACUUUGUGCAGAGAAGGAGCAAACCUUUGAUUGGAAAAACAAAGAAAAUUCCAUUUCCCCACUAUUAUCAAAUGUACCUUUCCACCAGUGUUUCAUGUUCUUUCUUGCAUCUGCAAGUUGUGUGCUUUGCCUCUAGGCACCUAGACGGUAAAUUUGCCUUGCAGUAUAACAAGUCAUUACCUGUUCCCUCUCAGAUGUGAUCACAAACAAUUUUUAAAAGUGAAUCUGUCACCGAUUCCUGGGAUUCCCUUCCAAAGACAGGGAGCCGAAAUUAGGAGUCAGCUUGCAGUGGUGCUGGAGUUGGAUAGCAUCAGAGAAAAAAACUCAACACCCUUACACAGUAUUUUUAAUAAGAAUUUCGUGAAUACUUGCACACUAGGAUGGAUCCUGAGAAAUCUGUAUUUGUUGUGUGUUCAAGGUUGCCAGUUGAGAAGUGUCAUCAGAAGAUGUGUUUAGGACACUUAACCUCAGAUUCCAUGGGAAAUUAUGUCCAAUAUUGACUUAAAAUAAUUGAGUUUAAAAACCAUUAAUUAAAAUAAUUUCACAACUUUGGCAUAUCAAACCUAUGAUAGAAGAUAUAAAACAGUAAGAAUUUGGUGCUGCA